UACGGUUGCUCUGAUGGUUGCCUAGUAACAGUGAUAUCAAAGGUGGAGGAGCUCAGAGAAUGGCUACUCAUGUGUUGAUGCCUUUAUCUCCCACUGAAGUGAGUCCAAGUGCUAGUAGACAGAUGACUGGCAAGUACUUCAGGAGUACUCAGAAGAGCUCUAGUGGGAAGGGGAGUACUAGCUUGCUGACAAGAAAGGGGCUAUCCCAGAGUGGCAGACCAUUGAGCAUGAGAGAGAGCAAGGAGAAGGACAGCACUUGCACUGAAGGCAUCACUCAGGAGGACAUUGAUCCUCAGAGCUAUCGGAACACACUGCUACACAACAUCUGUGUGCAGAUGCUAGAGGAAGGAUUCCACAAGUCAUUCUUAGAGCUGUUCCAACUGAUAGAGCAGCAACGACAGGACCACAUCAGAGCUGGCCCUGCUGCCAUCCUACUGGAACCUCUCAUAGAGAAUGAUGCUACAAAGCUGGAUCAACUUAAAGCCCAGUUGACUGCUGGAGAAGUGUGCUUGCGUGGAGGAGACAUGGCGGGUGUGUACAUGGCUCAGAGGAGACUAGCUGCCUUCUUUGAACUCACUAAAGACACUUGGCUAUCUGAUCACUUCUACCACCGCUGUCUGGAGACAGGCAAGAUGGUUGAAGGUGACAGUCACAGGAUGGAGGGAGAGGCACACUGUCAUGUUGGACUAGCCCUGGAGAACAGAGGACAACUAGAGACUGCAUCUGGCCAUAUAGAGAUAUUCCACGCCCUGGCUCGCAAGCACAAGUGGUUCACUGAUAAUGGAGAAGAGCUGCACAAGAUUGCCUGUGAGCAUCUACGCAGAAUGUACACCAAGAUUGCUGAGCAGGUACAUGCUGCCAGCACUCGGGAGGCCAUCUCUUACCUCAAGAAAGCUCAUGAGGUUGUGCGUGAAGGAGGUGAUGCUUAUCAGGAGGGGCUGGCCAGCUAUCGCCUUGGCAACGCCCAUGAGAGCAUUGGAGAACAUGAUACUGCUAUAAAGUACCACAAAGGCUACCUGGAGAGAUGCAAGCACUGUGGUGACAACGCUGGUGUGGGAAGCGCCUAUGAGGCUCUCUCUUUAUCCUUUGAGAGCAAGGGGGACACUGAGAAUGCUGUCAAGUUCCUGGAGAUGUUUGUGGAGGUGUCUGAGGUGUCUGGUCUAGCAAGCUCUCUGGCCAAGGCAUGCAGUGCUAUAGGCAUCAUGCACAAUACUCUGGGUAACUACGAGAGGGCUGUAGAGUACUUUGACAGAUGCUACAAGAUCUGCACUGAGCUGGGGGACACUGAUGCAUUGCAUGUGGCUAGAGCUCAUUAUGGAGUGGCUAAGAGUCAUCAACUGAUGGGACGUUACACUACCUGUGUGCAGGACACACGCACACUGCAAGAGUUAGUGCUCUGGAAGGACACUAGAGUACAGCCUUCAGACAACACUAGAGUACAGCCUUCAGACAACACUAGAGUAAACACAACUCAUUCAUAGCAUGUCUGUAUUGUAUUGUGUGUUAAUAAUAAACAAUAAUUGUUUUGUUAUUACAUCCACUUGUAAUUAUUAACUAGAAUCAAUGAA